AUGGCCUAUAGGGUCCUGGGCCGCGCGGGGCCACCUCAGCCGCGGAGAGCGCGCAGGCUGCUCUUCGCCUUCACACUGUCCUUGUCCUGCACUUACCUGUGUUACAGCUUCCUGUGCUGCUGCGACGGUCUGGGCCAGAGCCGCCUGCUCGGCGCGCCGCGCUGCCUCCGCGGCCCCAGCGCAAGCGGCCAGAAACUUCUGGCGAAGUCCCGCCCGUGUGAUCCCCCGGGGCCGACGCCCAGUGAGCCCAGCGCUCCCAGCGCGCCCGCCGCUGCCGCGCCAGCACCGCGCCUCUCCGGAUCCAACCACUCUGGCUCCCAGAAGCCAGGCACCAAACGGCUCCCCCAAGCCCUCAUUGUGGGCGUCAAGAAAGGGGGAACCCGGGCGGUGCUGGAGUUUAUCCGCGUGCACCCGGACGUGCGGGCCUUGGGCACCGAACCUCACUUCUUCGACAGGAACUACGGGCGAGGGCUGGACUGGUACAGGAGCCUGAUGCCAAGGACCUUGGAAACCCAGAUCACACUGGAGAAGACACCCAGCUAUUUCGUCACUCAAGAAGCCCCUCGGCGGAUCUUCAACAUGUCACGAGACACCAAGCUGAUAGUGGUGGUGCGGAACCCAGUGACCCGAGCCAUCUCUGACUACACGCAGACGCUAUCCAAGAAGCCAGACAUUCCCACCUUCGAGGGCCUGUCCUUCCGCAACCGCAGCCUGGGCCUGGUGGACGUGUCUUGGAACGCCAUCCGCAUCGGCAUGUACGCACUGCACCUGGAGAGCUGGCUGCGGUACUUCCCACUGGCCCAGAUCCACUUCGUCAGUGGCGAGCGCCUCAUCACCGACCCAGCUGGUGAGAUGGGGCGCAUUCAGGACUUCCUGGGCAUCAAAAGAUUCAUCACCGACAAGCACUUCUACUUCAACAAGACCAAAGGAUUCCCUUGCUUGAAAAAACCAGAGUCGACCCUCCUGCCUCGAUGCCUGGGCAAAUCAAAAGGGAGAACUCAUGUACAGAUCGACCCUGAAGUUAUAGACCAGCUCCGGGAAUUUUAUAGACCUUAUAAUAUUAAAUUUUAUGAAACUGUUGGGCAGGACUUCCGGUGGGAGUGAGUCUCCAAGACACAAGGGCUCUCUCUACUCUUGUCCAGUUAGCGAGGUUUGCUCCCUGAGAACCCGAUCCUCAUCUCCAGCCGCUCUUCCCAUCUUGAACCUCGUGCUAGAUCAUCUUGGACCCAGAAAACUGAGUAAAGACCAAGAGACUGGUGGUUCCUGCUCUGUCCAGGAAAAGUCUGUCUGCUUCUGGCGUGCCCAUCCAGUUCUAGAAUCUGCUCCCAUCCGCCCAUGAGAGGUCUUGAGGAAUUACUGUGAGAAGAGAGGAUCCCCCGGUGUUGGGGGAUGUUCUGAGUGGAGAUGGUUCUGUAGAGUGAGAACAGCAGUCCAUCCCAACACUGUACACUCAGUGGCGGGCUUCUUAAUUCCAAGUGGCAUGUACCUUCCCUCUGAAAUUAAUUUUCCCCUGCGGCCCUGAGCAGUAGGAUGGGGUAACCCUUCCAUCCUCCUCAGCCCUGAGCGGUGGGGUGGGGGAACCCCUCCAUCCUCCGCAGCCCUGAGUGGUGGGGUGGAGAACCCCUCCAUCCUCCUCAGAACACAGCAGUUCAUCAACAGUGUG